AUGUUCCGAUUCGAAGACUCCCUCCCCAAACUGCCUGUCCCAACCCUCGAAGUAACCGCAGCUCGAUACCUCAAGUCCGUCCAUCCGCUCCUUUCAAGCACCGAACUAGCCUCAACAACAAAGGCCGUCCAAGAGUUUAUCAAGCCUGAUGGGAUUGGUGCUAAGCUUCAAGAAAAGCUGAUUGCUCGCCGUGAAGACCCGAAACACAAGAACUGGCUCUACGAGUGGUGGAAUGAUGCGGCGUACCUGACAUACAGAGACCCCGUUGUGCCAUAUGUCAGCUACUUCUAUUCUCACCGCGAUGAUCGAAGACGGCGAGACCCUGCCAAGCGCGCCGCAGCUAUAUCUACGGCGGCGCUGGAGUUUAAGAAGCAGGUCGACGAAGGUACAUUGGAGCCUGAAUAUAUGAAGGGGCUGCCGAUGUCAAUGGAGAGCUACCAUUGGAUGUUUAACGCCUGCAGAGUUCCCGCUCGACCUGCCGAUUACCCAAUCAAAUAUUCCCCCCAAGAGAACAAGUACAUCCUCGUUAUCCGCAAGAAUCAGUUCUUCAAGGUCUUACACGAAGUGCAUGGAAAGCAGCUGAAUACUUCGGAGUUGGAGCAGCAGUUCAAGCGCGUCUACGAACUGGCGGGCAGGACGGCCCCUGUCGGUGCUUUGACUUCUGAGAAUCGCGACAGCUGGACGGACGCAAGAGAAAUCUUGCUAAAAGCCCACCCUACAAAUGCAAAGUCCAUGAAGGAAGUCGAAGCAGCGUCAUUCGUUGUCUGUCUGGACGAUGCUGCCCCCGUGACCUUGAAAGAGCGAGCACACCAGUACUGGCACGGUGAUGGAGAAAACCGGUGGUAUGACAAACCUUGCCAAUUCAUCAUCAAUGACAACGGGACCUCUGGGUUCACGGGUGAACAUUCUAUGAUGGACGGUACCUCUACUCACCGACUGAACGAAUACGUAAGCGAAGUCAUCUUUAACAAUAAGCUCGACUUCUCCGACCCUUCGGUCCGCUCAAACCUUCCAGAACCCACUGUGAUAAAAUUCUACAUCAACAAGGAGGUGCAAGCCGAGAUUGAGCGCGCCCAAAAAGACUUCAGGGAUGUCAUUGGUGCCCACGAGUUGGAGGUUCAAGCCUACCAAGGCUACGGCAAAGGCUUGAUCAAGAAGCUGCGAUGUUCUCCGGACGCCUACGUCCAAAUGAUCAUCCAAUUAGCCUACUUCAAGAUGUAUGGCAAGAACAGGCCUACGUACGAAUCAGUCAUGACGCGCCGGUUCCAACAAGGUCGCACAGAGGUUUGCCGCACAGUCUCCGAUGACUCUGUAGCUUUCUGCAAAGCCAUGGUUGAUCAUUCCGUCGGUCCUAAGGAGACUGCUGCUUUGUUUCACAAGGCGCUCAAGGCGCACAUUGAAUACGUUUCUGCUGCUGCAGACGGGAAGGGUGUCGAUCGCCAUCUGCUUGGACUAAAAAAGCUGCUUGGUUCGAGUGAUGAGGUUCCAGCCAUCUUCAAGGAUCCUACAUACAGUUACUCGAGCUCAUGGUACAUCUCUACCUCGCAAUUGAGCUCGGAAUACUUCAAUGGAUUUGGCUGGAGUCAAGUCAUCCACGACGGGUGGGGAAUCGCAUAUAUGAUCAACGAGAACAGCAUCCAGUUCAAUAUUGUGUCGAAGGGCCUUGGAAGCGAGCGAAUGAGCUUUUACCUCAACGAGGCCGCAGGGGAUAUUAGGGACCUUCUGCUCUCCACCCUCGAGCCUGCCAAGGCAAAGUUGUAG